GAAGGCAGGAUGAGGCCUUUAGAAGGUGCCUGUUGUUUCCUGCUCCUGAUGCUGGUGGCUGAAUGGCUGCCCGGGUCUUCCUGUGCUGACAAUCCCCGCUACAAGAAGUUCCUGACCCAGCACCGGGACGAUCCCAAGAGCAAUAUCAAGGGCCCGUACUGUGAAGGCAUGAUGAGCAAACGCGGCCUCACCAAGCCCCAGUGCAAGCAAGUGAACACCUUCAUCCACGGCUCCACAAAGGCGAUCCGGGCCGUCUGUGGCAAAGGGGGGGUUCCCGAUGGGAAGCUGCGGCGCAGCAAGCAGCACUUCAAGGUCACCACCUGCACCCUUAAGGGCGGCUCGCCCCGCCCGCCCUGCAAAUACAAAGAAAACACCUCGCCCAGGUACAUCGUCAUUGCCUGCGAAGGGGACUGGCCCGUCCACUAUGAAGAGGGCCGGAUCGUGACCGUCGUCUGA